UAAAUGUUUUUAUAAGAACGCGAAUUUUUUUUAGCUAAUGGGCAGUUUUAGCUAAAGCGUGUGUACUGAACCUGUUGGGGUUAGUGAGCACCAGCGCCACAGAUACUGGAGCGGUCAGACAUGGUAACUACACCCACCCUUCUACGCCACGGAGAACAGGCGAGCAAGUGCGCAGGCGCAGCGCAUACGCUGCUUUCUACGAAGUUUCUGGAUAUCUGGGCGCAACGCAAAAUAUUGAUUACGUUUGACCACUCUAAGACUCCCUCUAGCUGAAGAGAGUGAUAUUCUGCUGUGAAGAUGUCUGUGUCUUCGCUCUACCUCAAACAAGACAACAUGGUGCGCUUCAAGAGGAGAAAGGCCCGUUUCUCCUUCAGUGAAGUGCACAUCCUGCUGGACGAAGUGCGGAAGAACCGCCACAUUGUUGUGGGUAAAUUUAACGCCGGCGUUCCCUCUGACGUGAAGCGCAGGAAAUGGGCUGAGAUCACGGCGCGUGUUAAUGAGAUUGGAGAGUGUGACAGAGAGAUCAUGGAGGUGAUCAAGAAAUGGUCAGACCUUAAAUGUGACACGAAACGUAAAGUGGCCGCCCUGAGGACCGGUGCUUCGGUAUCCCUAAGAUUGGCACGGUCCAAUAUUGAACUGUCCCCGAUGGAAGUCAUCGUGGAAUCCAUUCUCGAACUGGACAAGAGACCUUGGGAAGCGACACAGCGGUCCAGAUCUCGCAGUCACAGUGAUGAUCAAGAGGCUGUGGGUGAGGAUGAGGAAGAGGAGGAUGGAGGGUUUAUGGGGAUGGGGUCGGUCAACAGUUCGCCGAGCAGAGGAAUGGAUGUGGCAGGAAUGCCUGCUACUACAAGUGGAUCUGGGGGUGAGAUGCAGUAUGAUAGCUCCAAACCUGGAGAUCCCGAAUCCCACUUAGACUCAGAUGAGGACAACCGUGACCUCUUCCCAUCAUCCUCUAUGGCAUCUGUCACUAAUUCAUACUCUGAGGAGGAUGGAAUUGCAACUAGAGGCAGUGCUGGACACGUUUCCUCAACAGCCACCGCUUCUACUAAAAGACCCACGUCUUUCUCAGGGGUGGAGCCAGACAGUUCACGAGAGCAGUUAGUGCACAAUGCAAGCCUCAGCGUGCAGGAGCAGCACACCGCUAAUGCUCUUCUAGCCACCGUCUCUCGUUCGCUUGAGCUGCUUGCGGAGUCAGUGCAGCAGCUAGCAGAGACGCAACAGGAGUUUGCACGAGAAUCGCUGCAGCUACAGAGGGACACUGUGCAAGUGUUGCGAGAUUUUUCCUCAGGCGCGCUAACAAUACUGCAGGAAAAGGUUAACGGCAAACCUGCAUUGUGAAAUUUGUGUUUAGCAAUCAAAUGAAGAGACAGUGUGUGACGCAUUGUUGAUAUGAUGGCUACAAAUGUUGUGUGAUAUAGACAGACACACCUUCUCAUCAGAGGGCACAAUGUCAGGGUGUCAAAAUACUGUGAUUAAUUGCAAAGACAAAGACGACUAUUUUAGAAGAUACUUCUGUUGUUUUCAAAAAUGCAAAAAUGUUAACAUUUGUCCCUAGUCUCUGUUUAUCAAUAGGACAGACUUUCGGUCAAGUGCAAACAAUAGUGAGACCACAAAGGGAUUUUGUUUGUGCCUAUAGUAAUAUCACACAACCACAACUAGACUACAAUCCACAACAGAAUACAACUUUUUUUCCCCCCUUCAUUCACUGAUUUGGGCUUAUUGCAAUUAACCUGUUAUGAGGAUAUUGACAGGACUGACACUGACGUAUACAUUGUAUGUAACAUCUGUCGACGAGCUAAAGGGAUAGUUCACCCCAAAAUGAAAAUUCUGUUAUCAUGUCGUUCCACACCUGUAUGACUUCCUUUCUUCUGCAGAACACAAAAGAAGAGAUUUUGAGGAUGUUGGUAACCAGUUUUGGUGACCAUUGAUGUACAUUUUAUGGAGAAAAAAAAAAAUCUGAGACAUUUCUGAUGAUAGACAAGGCAUUUCAAGUCAUUGUUUAAAAAUCCUGUAAUCGGUCAUGAUAUUCUCUUGGUUGAUAUGAGAAUGAGGUGUACUUGUAGCAAGUUUAUCAUCCUAAUGCUGCUGCAAGGAGUGUGUUCUAUUUACUCACAGACACGUUUUGUAUUCAUUACAACUCUGUGAGAGACGAUGCUUCUGUGAAAUUUGAUGUUAUUAACUUUCAUGGAUAUGAAACAUUAUAUAUACACGAGUACAGGAAACAUUAUAUAGACACAAGUAUAUGCAGUCACAUUUAAUGGUGUUUAAGGAUAACUAAACCUUUUCUAAGACCAGUAUACAGUGUAAAAUAAGGUUUGAGGCAUCUGGAUCUCAUAUUUCGUCUAGUAGGACAUUCUUUUCCAGUGGAUCUUUCUAAAUUUUUCUUUUUUAUUUCCUAUGCUUGUAUACAUUGAUUUAAGGAAGUGGGACAAACGUACAUCUUCAGGAACUGAAUUUCAUAUUCGAAGCGGUUAAUGCUGUGGUUUUGUCACUAGGGGGCAGUGUGUCUUUUAAUUUGCACACAAGAUAGUCCUCAAAUGAUUAUUUUUCUGCACGUGUUUCUUCAAAGUCAUUGGGUUUUCCAGCAGUUUGAGUUUUGUGUGUGUGUUUGGUUUCUAAAUGAAAACAGCUCCAUAAGUGAGCCAGAUAUUUCAAUAAAUUUUAAUUGAAAGUUUA